UAUUGAUUGAUUUAGAACAACGCCACUUGUUCAUGCCUCUUUUCUACCUGUAAAAGCAUGAAUUAUAUUGACUUUUGUUCUAUCAUUCUUCUUCUUUACGCGUCUUGCCCUGUGCUCUUAAAUGGUAAGAUGAAAGAUAUUCAUCAACUCCGAACGCGUCUCUUUUAAAAAGCGUUAUUUUUAUUAUUUUUAUUUUUUUAUUUCUUUUUAAACCAACACAUGGAAUCACUUCGAACAGUUAUUUCUCGGCUGUUUGCUGAUUUACAAGACACUCAAGCAAGUCCGGUAAAGAUAGAUUGGUUAAAUAUAGAGAAAGAAAAUACGCAAACGUUCAAUGGGCUAUUUAACAGAAACCCUUCUAAAAGAAGAAGGCUAUAUUUACUUCACCCUGAAACGCAUCAUGAACCAAUCUAUGAGAACAAGAUCAUUCACCAUAUCAACUCUACUCAUCGUAUUGACUAUGAAGCAUUAGCAGCUGAUUUUGUUCGAGCAUGUCAAGUAGGCGGUGGCAAUGUGACUGAACAAUUGAAAGUGAUCAUGUUAAAGUACAGAGAACCACCAUUGACCUUGGAGAAAUCAUGUCGACUUGUUACUUUUCUACACCAUAUUCUUAAAGUGAUACCAGUCAUUCCUGCAAAUACGAGUCAGAAACCAUUUCCUUUAGGCUCUUUAUUAGAGGAUGUCACACUCACCCUAUCUACAUUGCAACCUGCUAUUUGGAUCACUACUGUUCAAUUCAUGCUCUCUUGUCUCAAAAGUGCAUCUCAACAGCAAAUCUAUCAUGCAGGUGUUACGAUACCUGUCAUGUUGAGUAUUAUUAAGCAUAUCUUGUUAGAAUUGACUCGACUGCCUUCUACAGACAUGUCCACACUACAAGAGAAAUGCUUCUCAGUAGGCAAAGCAUUGUUGGAUUUAUUCCUUGUUCAUCAUGAACUCAAUCCCUCAACAAAACAAACAGGAACUAUCUCUUAUUACGAUGUCGUCUAUUCAUUUCCUGAACUCUAUGGUCAUUUCUUAAAUGCUCAACAUAUCCCUACAACAACUGCUUUACAGCCUUCCAUUGUCAAUCAGAAUAUUUGGCUGAUGACAUUAGACUAUCUGACCGUGUCUGUUUUGCAAGAUCAUCGUCUGAUUGAUCGCAUACCUACUUUGAUGGCUAUCAAUAUCAUCAAGCACAUUUUAAGGGAAAUCAAUACAUUACCUUCUGAUUUGACCACUUCGCAAGUCAACUGUUUAAACAAGGGCAAAGAGUUGAUUAAUCUGCUAUUAUUGGGUCCUACAGGGGAUGGUGCAGGUGCAGUAUCGCAUUACGAUGUCAUUGUUGCUCUUCCUGAUGUCUAUGGACAUUUUCAACAUGGUACAUUUGCUCAAAGUGUUCAUUGGGCUAUGGAAAAGUUUAUUAAUGAAUUGGGUAAACGAAGACGCCAUUUGGCCUUCUUGAUGAUGCCACCAGAUGCAUCAUGGCCACUCAUUUCCCAGAUGAGCAGAAGACAUGAAUACAAUGAUUUAACAACCAGAACAAGCUAUCAUAUGUUUGAAGGCGAUUUGAUUGAGUUUGUGAAAGAAGGCAGUUCAACCAAUAUUCAAACCCAUUUUAGAGACAUGCUAUUUCAACGCGCAUCUAUGGACGAGUUUAGAGAACUUGCCAUGUCACUCACACAGACGGGCCUUGAUACGACACUGAUCAGAAAAGCCAUGGUAGCCAAAGUAAGAGAUGUCAUUCGAUGCAUUCAACACUAUAGUCAGCAUGGAAAGAGAGAUGAUCAAGAUACACAGAUGUCUGAAAAAGAACAAGAAGCAUUUAACCCAGCAACUGCUUCCAUACGUGGUGAAGACAUCAAGAUGAUGAUUCCUGAUAAUGUUGAUUUAUGGGAGCUCAUGACAGAAACAGCAGAUCAGUUGUAUAGUUUUGUGUCUGCAGACUUCUUUACGUAUGAAGAUAUCCUUCAGGACUUUUUUGAUCUUGUAUUCAAACCUAAUGGAGAGCCUUAUUUGCCCAAUGCAAAAAACCACAUCACAAAAGACAAUGGGCUUGUUUGGUUAUUGCUUCAGUUGUUUUAUAUUGAAAAGGUGUCUAAAGAAGUCAUUCAAAAAGACUUUGAACAAGAUGAAAAGCUGUUUGACAAACUCGUUCGUUUAUACAAUCAAGAACAAACAGAAUCAAAAGAUGCGUUUACAUUACGUGACCUGGCAUUGCAAUGUGCUGUGAACCAUCAAAAGGCCAAUAUCAAAGAUGUGGCUAAUAUCAAGCAUCGACACCCUUUGAUUGCAGCUUCAUUACAGCAUGCUGGUCUGUGUUAUCAAAUCCAAGCUUAUUUUGGUAGUUAUUAUCAUAGCAAUGUGCCUACCAACUCGACGCUGUUCAGUCACCUGGAUCUACAAGAAAUGACCAAAAUCGCUAUGGAAAGUCAACUCAGACAAGAUGUUGUUCCCUAUACGCUUUAUGUCUAUCUGGUGCCUACAAAAGCAGAUGUACAUACACUAGGACAUCCCUCAACUACCUAUAUCAAGGGUGGUACAUUAAAUUACAAACUACUUGACUUACUCUGUGUAAAUGCGAAGCACAGAUUAUUGCAAGUAAUUUAUAAAAUGAUGCUCGACAGUGAAACAGGACCAAGAUACCAGUCUACGACCGUAUCUCCUGUAGCUUGUGUACCACCUAAUGUGAUAGAUGUAGUCUAUAAGCUAUUAUACAGUGCUCCUUGUUCAGCAGAAUUGAUGAUUAAAGAAAUCUUUGAUAAAUUAAGAAGAUGUGAUAAAGCAAUCAAAAUGAAGCAUACAACAGAUCCCAACCCAACUCAGCCACAAUUGCCAGAUCACACCAUGCGAUGGCUUCAAACUAUCUUGCAACUCAUGAACUAUCGAUUUAUUCGGUUUCUUAAAUACUCGCCACUUUCUUCUGGUCUAUUGCAUUAUAUUCGUUAUUCUAUCUCUUGUCUCGAGAACAGACAAUGUUAUCAGACGCUUGAAUCUUUUGCUAUCAAUAUCAUUCAUAUGCAAAUCGACGUCAAACUGUUACGCUCAUUAGAUGAUCCUCACCGAGAAAAACCCAUUUGGUUUGCAGAAUCAGAAAUGCUGGCGAGAUUAACAGUAUGUACAAUCAGUCGUCUGAUCAAAACAAGAGGUCAAGCAGAUAUCAAAACAGAUCAAAUCCAUCGUGUACUCUCAAGUUUGUAUGAAUAUCGCAUUGAGUGGUCUCCUGAAGCCAUGGCAUUCUUUCCGCCUGCAGUUCAAUCGUUCUAUAAGACCACAAACCAGUCUAUUCAUGCUCGUCCCUCUAUCACGCCACAAAAGGUUCAACAUUUGAUUGCCAACAACAAGGCAUUUACAGCUUAUAUCUUGCAAGGUUCUUCUGAAGCAGAGCGCAUCGUAACCCAAUUCUUUUCUGUCUUGGAGAAUCAACCUAUUUUGCUCUGUACGAUGUGGGUCAUUGCAAUCACACGAAACACAACAGAGUGCUUUAAUAUGGCAGCAAUUCGUAAAUUACUGAUGCUGAUUUCUCCCUCAAGAAUGGCUACAAGUACCAUUGAUCUGAUUGAUUUCAUCCUGAGUGUGGAGUAUCCUCCCAAUAGCUCAGAAUUUUUGUAUGCUUUGCUGGAUACGUUUAUUUGGAAAAAUCAAUGGAUCAAUUUCAACCAUGUCUUGUUUGCUUUCCUUAAAGGAGGAGGUAGUGCUGACAGAACAACAAAAGCCAUGCACUAUGUUCGCUACCUUUUACUCGAAUCCAAAGAGUUCCAGAACCGUAUUAGCUUGUGGGACUCACUCAACUUUAGUCAUCGUCAUUGGACUGAAGAAGAUCACCAUGAAAAACUGAUGCAGUACUUGCAAAAAUAUCCUGAAUAUCAUGAAUUUGAAAGCUAUGCUAUGCCUUCUAUGGAAAUCCCUCACCAACAAGCUAAACUGCCCAUUUACUUUUCAAAUGUAGUGAGCGAUUUCAUUUCUUUUAUGGAAAAUCUCAUGAUGCGAUUGAUUGAGUAUGCUCAAACCGACUUGUUGGCUGAUAUUUUGGAUCACUAUGGACAUUUGUUUUAUCUUCAUCAGUGUCCAUUGGCCUUUGUGGUCAAUAUGCUAUUGUAUUAUCAUUCAUCUUCUACAUUGCGCAACCCUCGUAUACUUAAACGAUUGUUGCGCUUGUUAGAUUUUGACCAAUACACCAUUCUAAAAGAAGCAGAAGCAUAUGCAACAGAUGACAAGGACGAUGGAAGUGCAUUCAAUUCGACUUAUUUUGAGAAAGUGAUUUACAAGCUUGCAGGCAACAUCAACCCUCAAAAGUGUGCACCAAGAACAAACCCUCAUUUACCAGAACGUCAUUUUCGUGAAAUUGGUAGUCCUGCAGUAGAAGGCAUUUUGACAGCUGCAUUGGAAAUCAUGGUUACACCUGUUCCUCCUUCUACUGUGAUUCGCCAAUUACUCGACCUGGCUCUUUUACGAGAAUCUCAUCAUGUAGGUGUAUCUGCACUUACACUUCAUGCCAUUGGCCUGUUAAUACCUGUACUUCCUCAAAAAGAGUAUGUGCAUCCUAUUUUUAUCGAACUGAAUGAAGUUAUUGGAUCUGAUCCUUAUUUACUUGAAGUAUCAGAACCUUGUCGACUUAUACGAUGUGGCAUACCUCGUAGUGUGAAUGGCAAAUUUAUCAUGGCACAAUCGUUACCAGACAUGACAACCAUCUCACUCAAAGAUACCUUAGGCGAACGAAUUCGUAAAGCCAUGAUAUUUCCUUACAUAUUUAACGACUACACGUUUAAUUUACAUAACUACAGUACGAAUGGACCCAACAGCUUUUUAUGUUUGUUCCAUAGUAUCAUACAUUAUUCCAGUCUCGACAUCUUUUCGGUCUUUUUAGAAUAUACACAGACACUACGUCAGUCAGGACAAGUCAAGACUGAUGUCCAGUUACUCUAUAUGUGUUUCCUUAUUGGACCAGCAUUACAUCGUAUUGAAAAGCUAGAUAGCGGCGAUGCAGGUUUUUUGAUUGAAUUAAUGUAUAUGGUCAAGCAAGUAACAACACAUAUGGAUCUAAAAGAUGGAUGGACAACACAGGCGUUGGAGCAAGUAUAUGACUUUCUGUAUCAUAUUCGCACUCGAUUUGUUAAAUCAAAUGAGUUGGCUAACCAAUUGAAAGACAUUAUCAAGUCCAUGAACCCACCUACUUGCCAAAGAUUGUUAAGACUAGUUUCUGAGAAAAAAGCUGAAUAAAAUACACAAGCACUUUUUUUUUUUUUGAAA